AUGAAGCUUCUCGGGGUGUUGGUCGCUGUUUGUGGUGCAUUUGCCUUCUCGCUGGGUAGUGACUUCGUUGAAUGUGACCUUGACCUGGAGGGUGCCAAAAUUAUCAGCCAGCUGCCAGACCAGUGUCAGCACGUAGAUGACGCUACCAAAGCGUUAAUGCUCGAGGAAGCGGCAAGCUUCAAGCUGUUCCAUGAGAAGCUGUUAAACUACGAAGCAUCACAGGUUCCCAGCACCGACGAAGGGAUCCACAUGGAUAUGGACUUUCGAAAUGAACUGUACGCAGCUGGCGAGCUGCACACGUGCUUGAGUGUGAACGGCACGGUUCAUCUCUACCUGCGAUGCCUGAUAGAUAAGCGCAGCAAAAUGUUGGAUCUAAUCGAUCUAGCUACCUAACCGCCGUCCCGUUCUUCACCUUACGUAUGCGAAUUGUAGAGACUAUCAAUCGCCGUAACAGCUCCUUUAUGUUUAUUCAGGUUGGCCGCAUCGAACUGUAUCAGAAUGAUAAUGAAGGACAUCAGUGCGACAAAGAUCUGGAAAAAAUAAUGUAGUAUUAGUAUGUCGCUUGGGAAGUGCUCAGUAUUUAGAGAAACUGUUGGUUACUGAAGAGAGUGAUGACAACUCCAGCCUAAGCACCCCACACGCCGUUGGUACGCUCUUCUUCCGGUCGAGUGUUAGCAGCUCAAGCCGAGCCAUCUGAUAUGGGGUGUGGUGGGCGGGAAGUUCAAUAAAGAUAAUGUCAAUGUAUUUUUACGAAGUUUACAUUU